UAAACCUUAGCUAAACCUCAGGGUCGCGAUCUACAUCUAGAAACAGCAGCUGAUUGAUAAGCAGUGCAUCACCUAAAAGUUUUCACUUUUAAAUUUUAAAUAUUCACCUAGUUGAUUAGAAAGAGUUUAAGGGUAGAUUUUUCUGUUAAUCUAACAAUAGAACAACCAGAAUGCCGACUGUGACGAACAGGGGUGGCUCCAGCAACGAAACCGACCCGAUCACCAUAGACGAUGUCUCCAAGGAGGCGAAGAACAUCGUAGACAAGGUGAUCAAAGACGUCGGAAAGACCUCGGCCACUAAACAACUGAUAAUCGGUUGUGCUUCAGGAUGGAUGACCGGUUAUUUGAUGAUGAAGGUAGGCAAGGUCGCCGCCGUUGCUCUCGGUGGUGGUAUAAUACUUCUCCAGGUCGCAAACCACAACGGCUACGUUAAAGUCAACUGGGACAGGUUGUACAAGAAGGUCGAUGAGGUCGGUGAUGCCGUCGAAACCUCUGCCACGAAGAAAGGGCCCAAACUUAUGGAUAAGGUGGAACGCUUUGUUGAUCGUAAACUUGACAAGGUGGAAAGUGCUCUUAAGAAGAAGGAAAGGAAAGCCAAGACCUGGUACCACAGGAAUGUCCUUGGAGAUGAGGCUUAUUUUGCUUUUCAGGAGAUUCAUGUUUUCUUGGCGUGCUUCGUUGCUGGGUUGGCACUCGGUGUCGCCUCAGGCCGAAUUCUUUAAAAUCUCACAAUAUUCAUUUCUAUUUGUAAUUUCCUAGUAUUUUUAAGCUUUAAUUUUUUUCUUGAAAAAUGUAAGACUAUUUAAUUUUUAGUUUGAAUAAUUUUAUUCUAAGUUUUAUCGUAGUGUCUUGGCUGAAAGUUGCUUAGUUUAAAUUUAAAAGAGCAUCAAUGCAAUCAAAUUAAUAAGAUACUUAAAUGCAAUCUUUAAAAACAAUGCAUACUUUGUUCCACUUACAAAUAAAACUAAUUAAUAAAUUACUUUUUUUAAAUUUA